AGGGAACGAGUCUGUGUCGUUUGUUUCAUUUGUUUUCUCACAUGGAAAUAAGUCAAUAUUGAAUGUGACACCCUUGAGUUUCACAGUGCCAGUUUCGCUUAUCAUGUGGCAGGUUUAAGAUGCUCUCCGGGGAAUUUAUGUUUGAAAGAGGCUGUACAGCGGCCUCUCUUAGCAGUAUUGAGCUAAUUUGCUGUGUUACACUAUUUUAGGAAUGCUAUUUGAAAUCAUUUUAAUUAUAUCUAGUCCGUGCUGUGCGUGUUUCGGUUUUAUUUAGCUGUUGCUUAUAGCUAGCGAACUGUUGCCAUCGUUUCUGCCUUGAUGCCCUUUAUAAAAGUUUUUCGUUGUUUGGUUUCUAGCCAGCUAGCUAGUUAUCCACCACCGGCACAGUUAAGUCCUGAUGGCGGGUUCGUCCAGUGACCUCACCUGUGGCUAGCCAGCUGCUUCUGUUUCACUGUAAUCGCAAUGCAUUGGCAGAUACGCUCAAAAACGUCAGUGAAAUACCUUUCACAAGAUCAACGCUAACUGGCUAGACAAUGACUUGCAGGGCACGGACGGUUCGGGGAGUUUGGGGGGUCCAGACGUCCGUCGGAGGAUCCCAUUAAAGCUAAUUUCCAAGCAGCCGAUUCGGAGCAAACCGGGCAGAGCCGCGAGUUUCGGUUGCAAGCAGGAGGAGAGGGUUGAGUGCAAGUCCGGGGAUGCUUAUGCAAGUCACCGGAGAUACCCCCAGCAAAUGUUCUGGGAUUAUAAGCUGAAUCUGAUUGGGGAAAAGGAUGAGUCGCCCAUGCAUUUCUGCGACACGUGCGGCCUCCCCAUACGGAUAUAUGGCCGAAUGAUUCCCUGUAAGCAUGUGUUCUGCUACGAGUGCGCCGUGCUGCUGGAGAAGAAGGCCGACAAGCUCUGUCCCGGUGUGUCCCUGUACAGCUGCACAGACGCGGUGCAGCGGAUAGAGCAGUGUCUGCGCGGAUCGCUCUUCAUGUGCAGCGUGGUGCCGGGCUGCAAGCGCACCUACCUGUCCCAGAGAGACCUGCAGGCCCACAUCAACCACCGCCACCUGAGGAGCGCCAAACCCGCCCCCGGCCGCCCCGCUCCGCCACCUUCCUCCUCCUCCUCCUCCUCCUCGGUCUCCGACCUGGCGGACCGGUUCCUCCUGCCCCCGCCCGCGCACCUGGCCAAAGCGCACGUCCUGCACAAGGACCCGUACGGCCCGCCCCCGCACGACGAGCGCCGCUCCCCGCAGGCCCCGCCCCCCUCCUCCUCCUCCUCCGACCUCGGGCCUCGGGAGACCUACCGCAUCGCCACGGUGACCAUCCGCAAGCACAGCAACCUCAUCACCGUGCCCAUCCAGGACGACUCGGCCGGCCCCGCCCCCUCCUCCUCCUCCUCUUCCUCCUCCGAUGCCUCCCGGGAGCCCCGCCCCCAGCCGGGCCCUCCCCCAGCCCUGCCCCUCCACCACCCCCUCCCGGGUGACUACCCAGCUGGGCCUGUAGUGACACACGGCCACCACAUGAUGGCGCAGCAGCAGCAUUACCGGCCGCCCCCCCUGCCCACAGCGCCCAUGAGCCACCCCUUACAGCUCUCUUCCCCCGGCUCUGCGGCCCCCCACAUGAUGUACAACCAGGCCCCGCCCCUUGCCUCAGGCCCGCCCCCCAUAACCCCGCCCCCCGGGCACAUCAUCAACCCGAUGCCCCCCUACAUGAACCGCCCUCCACCCGGGCCACUUCCUGUUGGUGCCCCGCCCCCCCACCACUACAACCCCGGCUCCCUGCCGCAGUUCUCUGAGGACCAAGGCACCCUCAGCCCCCCCUUCAACCAGCCUGGGGGGAUGAGCCCCGGGAUUUGGCCCACCCCCAGGGGCCCCCAUCCGCCCCCGCCCCGCAUGCAGGGCCCCCCACCCCAGGGACCUCUCCACCCUGAUCAGACCCGUUUCCGGCCCUAUUACCAGUAGGACCCGCCCCCCCCCCCCAGUGACCUGCGAGAAUGUCCAAUUGCCCGCCCCCUACCCCCGCUCCUCCCCUUACAGCCAUGUACAGAAGCUAUUUUAUAUGAUUGUCAUUUUUAAAAAAUGCACUCUCUGUGUAUGUGUGUGUGUGUGUGUAUGUACAUGUGUGUGUGUAUGUGACUGAGCAUAGCUGAGUGUGACUCAGUGCACUGCAGGCUGUGAGCCCUGGCUCUACCCGCUGUGACGGGGGUGCGUCCUACGGUUUAAAAUCAUCAGUCGUCUGUCAGACUCAGUGUGGUACAGAGCUGCUGGGCUCUACGGAGCCUGGGUUUGGCUCUCUGUCCUCCUGUGCUCAGGAAUGAACUCUACCGUUAGUGUGUGCACCUCAAGAAAAUGGAAAAUGAAUUUGGUGACUGUGAGGGAGGAGCCAUUUUAAAGAGAGUCGCCAAACCAGAGCCCAUGACGGAAUCCCAGUGCAACUCUCAUUGAUGUUUUUGUUUAUCGUUCCACGUUUCAAAAAUGACGUAUUUUAGAUUUUUGGAAAAAAUAAACCUUGUCUGGUUCGCACA